AUGCAAGUCUGCUUGCAAAGGAUCCGUUCGAAGAUUCCACCACUUAUCAAGAAAUUGAAACAUUCUCUAUCCACGUUUCAAAUGACAGAAGACACAUCCAAUCGUAAAUCUAGACGAUUCUGUGGGCUGAGUCAUGUAAGGACCAUUGCUGUUCUCAUAGCCAUAGUGGAAUUUGUAUUUCUUUUAUCACAGGGUUUGAUUGCCAUAUCAUAUCUCAGUUCUCCGGGUUCAAUUCAUAUCGUGGCAGCUUCCAUACAAUCAUUGGCUGUAGCAUCUGCUUUCGUUUCUGUUGUUCUUAUGGUGGUUGGCAUAUUCUGUAAUGUUCCUGCAUUACUAGUUCCGCAUAUGCUCAUGCAGGUCUUAUUAGUUUUAACCUUAUUUGGAAUGACAUCAUUAGCUUUGUAUACUCUGCUCGUCGGCACUUCUUUACAACUUAGAAUUGCUAUAAUGGGCAUAUCUACUCAAGUAGCCUCUAACUUAUUCACAUCUAUCGUUCCAUUGAAAAUCGUUUUGACAUCGAAAUUCCUUACGGGAUUGAUUGUUGUCAUAGCAAUUGGCUACAUAAUGGGAGCUCUGAUAAAUAUAUGGUGUUUUCAUGUAGUGAUGGAUUGUUAUCGUUGGCUUGUUUUCCAAAUGGAAGAAAAAUCGAGGGUGAUCCGUAGAGAAACUGCCUUACCUUUAGGGCCAACAACUAAACCUGUGUCUGUCGUACAUGCUACAGACUUCUGA